AUGCAUCUCUUCGACUUGCCGAGUACGCUGCUACUUGCUGCUUACAUUAGCUCGAUUGCAGCCGCGACGCAGGAUGGGCAUCGGGUCCUCCGUGCAGCAACAAAGCGGUCAGAUUUUUUCAAACGCGAUACAAGAAUAUUGCAGAAGUUUGAAUCCGAAGUCGUUUACAUUGAAGAAGAGAAUAGCUGGGAUGGCAGGAAGACGUUCGCGUCCUCGGUCAAAGUAGGCUCGAAGAAACCUAUCCUGAAUCUGGAAGAGAUCGAACAUCAUCUCCAGGACGUGACAUGUGAAGAUAGUAGGAUGACAUUGCACUUCGUCGAUGCAUCAUCCGCGCGAGACGCAAGAGCUGCUUGCCAUGGCGGACACGGAGGCAUGGGUGGAUUGAUCAUCACAUCGCACCAGAGCUGUAACAAAGACGGCGAGCGAGCGGUUUACAAGAUCGACGAAGUGACCUACGCCGAUGAAGGCGUAGCCCUCGAUCUCGCCGUUACCAAAGCCCUAUGGCAAGACGCCUUUGACAACAUCGACAUCAACUUCGGCCACACACGAUACGACCACAUCUAUCGACGGCACUCUGACUUCUCGCGUGCGCGGAGAAAGCGCCAAGACGAGCUGACCAUCGAAAUCCCCACAAACACCCCUGACAACGUCACUGAUGUCACGUUCGACCUCACCUCCGAGCUCCUCGACACUACCUUCACCGCAGCCGACUUCCUCACGGGUCUCGAAAGCACAGUCAACUUAACCAGUGUUCCCAAUUUGCCCUUCGAGAUUGGCUGCAAGAACUGCUCUACGCGAGGCCAAAUCGUGCUUACGCAGGGCGCGAUCAAAAUCGAUACCAAGCAAAUUGACUUGGUCCCCGACAUCUUCAAAGGUGGAGAUGAUGGCAAGGAAAUCACCAGCAUCAUCACUGGUGGGUACAUGGACCUUGCUGUGACUGGAGUCGGAGCACGUCUUGAGAUGUUCGCUCGCCCGAUCAGCUCGGGAUCCUAUGAGAUCGCUUUGUUUCCUCUACCGGUUUUGGGAUUUGUGAUCCCUGGAAUUGGAAAGGCUGGUGCGAGCUUUGAACCGAAGAUCAGUGUGGACUUCGAGAUUGACAGCGAACUUGCUGUCAACUACGGUAUUGACGUGGCUAUCCCAGACGAUGCUGGCAUUAAAGUCGAGCUCGGAGACCUCACGAACACAACCAUCACCGGCAUCAAGGGCGCAACCCUCAACGCUCUACCGUUCACUUCCAACGUCACCGACGCAGACAUCGCUCUCAGCCUUGCAUUCACGCCAACAAUCCCCAUUGAGUUUGAGUUCAGCGAUAAGCUAAGCGCUCUGGUCACCGUGUCUCUGAACCUCCCACGCCUCGAUGCGAAGCUGACCACCAACGCCGAAGACCAGUGCAAUCUGCUCGACGAAGAAAACAAGACGAAAACGGAAAAGAAGCCCAAACCUAAAGACACCGACCUCAGCAAGCUCGUAUUGGUCGAAGCCAACAUCUCCGUAACUGUCGAUGUAGCCGCAGACCUCACACUCCCCUUACUCCCGGCGCCGUUUGACUCGGCAGGUACUUCAGCGAACAUUUUUUCCACCGAGAUACCCCUCAUGACAUCGUGUGUCAAGCCAGUCAAGGGCGGAAUCAAAGUCACGGAGAUGGCACCUGUGGCCACGAUCAAGGCUGACAAGGCGGAGUCGGAAGCCCCUGCGGCUUCGGCUUGUACGAAGCAUGAAGCAGACAAGCCGUGUACGUGCGCCACGGCGACAACGACGGUCUAUGCCCAACCACCGACUGGAGGUUAUGGCGGUUCUCCGCCGAGGGAAACGAAUCCACCAUUGGAGAUGACUCCUUACUACCCCGAUGCGCCCCCAGUCUCGACGACAACGAAUGGGGAGAAGCCACCGAGUACUACAGCGCUGGAGAUGACCCCUUACUAUCCAGGCGAGCACUCACCGUCUACAUCCACACCAUGCACAAACACCGAGACGUUGCGCAUCACCAUCUCCACGCCACCGGUGAGCAGCACAGGACAACCUGCGUCGCCCCCAAUUAUUGUUAUUCCUGGCUCUAAGUCUUGUGAUUCGAGCACACCCAUCUCUACAUCCGAACCAGCUCCUACGACAAGUACAGCGAUACAGACUGAGGAUGGGUACUUUCACCCCUCUUCUCCGCUCACUACCUCAACCUCGACUGAGUCUAAGCACGAGACUCACAGCGAGAGCGGGACCAAGACCGAACCAACGUUGACGAUGAGUACGACUAGUCCGCCGAGAAUUGAGGAGAGUAAAGGAUUCAUGACGCCCCCAAGUAGCAUGACAAGCCAUGUCCCCGCGACAGGCACAGCUCCAGCCGAAUUUACAGGUGGGACGGCGCCAGGUGCUGUAGUUGGGGUGGUGGGAUGGAUGCAGGGUGGCUGGCAGAUUGGGAUGCUGUUUCAGCAAACAUACACCAAGGAUUGGGAGGAGGCACGAGCUCCUCACGUUACUGUCCGCCAACCGAAACCGUACCGCUCUCAGCACAGCGUGCCAUUGUAA